AUGAAGAUGAAGAUGCUGCGCCUCGCAGAGUGGGAUCCUUCACACGCCGUCCAGGAUCUUAACCACAACUUCGUGGACUACAAGGGCAAUGGUAGCAGGCAUUCAACUUCGUUCUACGUGGACUGCGUACAGACCUAUGGUUGUGGCUCUGGAGGACUCUUCUCGAGACUGAGCUCGAUCAGCUGUCCCUGUAAGAGAGCGGUGAACGAAUUUGCUGAGAAGUUAUGAUGCUUUUUCGAACUGCAACUGGCCCUGGCGAAGGAACUCUAAUUAGCAAGCUUCUAUUUUCUUCAGGAAAUAUGAGGAACCACAUAAGAAGCCCGUCAACCAGCACGAGCAUUGUACUGAUAGUGAUGAAGUUUCCUGUCGGCAUCUCGACUCUCUCCAUCUUCUAAUUUCAACUGUGAUAGAAAACGGGGCAGCGAUUUUUGGCGAGCAAGAGCAACAGUGUAAGCAGCUUACGUACUACUACGAGGUCGCGGAAGACAAGUGGUGGAAGUGUUGCGCUAAGCCGGAGCCGGAAAGUCCAGAGCUGCCGUUCAUCGGACCGAUUUUGAAAGGAGGUAAUCGUGCUUGUUUAAAGUACUUGUAUCUAUUCCCACGGACUAUUCCCACAGUAAUUCUGCGCAGUGGGAAUGGACCUCUAUGAUCAUCUUUGUCUUUCUAUCCACUUAUAUUUUGUGGCAACAAGAACAACCCUCUAUCUCUCUAUAUCUUCUACUAGGCGAAAGAAGGUUCCCUUCAUUUCUACAUUCAGCAGGUGGCAAUAACAACCCUCUAUCUCUCUAUACCUAGCUGCCUCCAACGUCUCUAUUUCAGGCGGCAAUGAGUCGACGCCGAUGUUUCCCCGUGGAGUGCGAAAGGCCCUGAGCAACAUAACGCAGCCUGUUUUGGCUUUUGCACGGGGUGUCCUAGGAGGCGUGGAUAAGGAUCGAAUGCGACAAUAUUGCCAGGAAAUGAGACCAGUGGAAAAUGCUUUUGAUUUAUGAAAAUAAGGUUGAAAGAGAAUUCUGCAAAGAGUUGCGCGUAGGAGGAGGUGCUUUUUGGCGUUGUGAAUGGAAGUUGUUUGCAUUUAGUGAAAAAGUAGUUUUGAAUUGAUGUCUGAGUCUAAGACCAGCUUCUCAAGUUGCGGAUGUGACGGGGAGUCGUUCACACAUAGCCGACGCCACAGACGAUGACAGUUCGGGUUAAGGCUUGCAUGGAAGUUCACCAUCUUGUGCCACAUACCUAACUUCUAUCACCUAUCACUUAUCAUCCAGUAUCUAUUAUUGAUGGCGUUAAUCUACUCGGCGAUCUGCCUAAGAUUUCCCCGACGACCUCUACCCGCUAAUCUGUAGCUUGUUGCUGGAUUGUUAGUGGUCUCGUGGCUGUUCCUGUUGAUCCUGAUAUAGAACGACUGGGCUGCUGGUUUGCCAGUAUCUACUAUUGCCUAUUUCCAUCUUCAUCGCGUGGCUCUUGAAGCCACCUCUCGUCCCUUUCCCCAUCUGAAGCAGGAUAGUUCUACCAUCAUUUACAAACUUCUAACUCGCGACACUUUUCUGUCUCGAGCCGAAGGGGAGAAACUUAUUGCGGCAAGCGCGGAGGGAGUGUGUCUGCUGGUCGGGGAAGCGAGAAUGUAUAAAAUUAGGCAAAUACGGCAAACGAAAACCGGGCAUCGGACACCUGUACAACGUGUUUUUCUUGUGA